ACACGACGCAGUUUGCCCCAGCCUUUCCCUUCCACUCGCUGCGUAUCAUAUCACACGACUGGAGAGAGCUCCUGCGCCUGAAAGGAGCUGCACAGCUACCGAGGCAUACGCUGCACCCUCUAUCUCUCCAUCUCCUAGCACCAUCCCGACCGGGUCCUCACUGCAACCAUGUCGAAGGUCAUAAGAAGUGUCAAGAAUGUCACGAAGGGUUAUUCAAGCGUCCAGGUCAAGGUCCGGAAUGCGACCAGUAAUGACCCAUGGGGUCCAACCGGGACAGAGAUGAGCGAGAUCGCACAGAUGACCUUCAACUCAUCGAACGAGUUCUAUGAGAUUAUGGACAUGCUGGACAAGCGCCUGAACGACAAGGGCAAGAACUGGCGACAUGUCUUGAAGGCUCUCAAGGUCCUGGAUUACUGUCUUCACGAGGGCUCGGAAUUAGUAGUCACUUGGGCAAUGAAGAACAUCUACAUCAUCAAGACAUUGAGGGAAUUCCAAUACAUCGAUGAGGAUGGCCGGGAUGUUGGACAGAAUGUUCGGGUCUCUGCAAAGGAAUUGACCGCCUUAAUCUUGGAUGAGGAUAGGCUACGGAGCGAGCGCAGCGACCGAAGGAACUGGAAGUCCAGAGUCACUGGCAUUGAAGAGUAUGCCCGGCAUCACGAUGAACCCCGCCGACCGCGACCGCAUCGGGCGCAGCGCACCGACGAGGAAGACGCUGAAUACAGAUUGGCUAUCGAGGCUAGCAAAUACCAAGAAGAGGAAGACAGGAAGAAGCGCCAGGGCAGAGGGGGCGAGCCAGUUGAUGAGGAUCUUGCUAAGGCCCUGAAGCUCAGCAGGGAGGAGGAAGAAUUGCGGAGAAGAGAGUUGGAGGAGCAGAACGCCACGUCGUUGUUCGAUGACGAUCCAAUUCAAGUCGCGCAACCCACCGGCUUCAAUCAGGGGUACCAACAACAGCCAGCCGUGGACUGGUCGGGCAACCCCGUGGACCAAAGUCUGCAGCAGCAACUGACAGGCUACAUGAACUCCUACAAUACCGGCUUCCAGCCUCAGCAGACUGGCUUCCAACCACAGCAAACCGGCUAUCCCAAUGGCUACCCCAACGGCUAUUCCAAUGGCUUCGACUCCCAGCCCACUGCUGGCUUUGACCCCUACGGAGCGCAACAACAGCAGCAAUUCCAGCAGCAACAGACUCUACAGCCACAGCAGACUUACCAGCCGCAACAGAGUUUCCAACAGCAACAGACCGGCUACAAUCCCUAUGGUGCGCAAAGUCCAGGUGCAUAUCAGCAACCUGAGCCGGUGAUCCCGGCUGGUACAAACAACCCUUGGGCCACCAACAAUCAACAAGCGCAGGCACUUAAGCCUACUCCAACAGGAUCUAACAACCCAUUCGCGACCUCUUUCCAGCGCCCCGCCUCGACUCCAGCUAAGCCAACACUUGCAACUCUUCAAGAGCAGAAGACGAUGACCAACUUCAAUAACAACUCUUCCUUCAACCCUAUAACAUCAUUCACACCACCAAAAGACCCGAACUCCCAUGAAGCAAAAUUGAACGCUCUGCUGGCCAGUGGAGGAGAUGGGUUGGAUACCUUCGGUAACACUGGUAAUCUCCGUAUUCCGGCACAGCACACUGCUCCUGGCACCUUCGUCAACAGUGCUGGAUUAGGUUUAGGAAGAAUCCACGAGCAACACACUGGCAACAACCCCUUCCUAAAUGGCCAGUUUACUGGCAUGCCUCAAACUACUUACGGUGGAACUUCCGGACACCAAAUCCCAGCUGCAACAGGUCCAGCAGGCAUGUCCAAUGGCUUUGGUGGCGGAUAUGGCGCCCAGCAGUCUAAUAAUCCGUUCGGCGCAAAGCCGCAGCAAAGCCAGGGCCAAGACUUGAUACAAUUCUAGGGGACUCAGGUGGUUAAGGGUGGUAUCAGGGAUACACUCCAUUCGUUGCAUUUCCUUGUGGGCACUUGAACCAAGCACACUCGUUUUUCCUUGCAGGCGUGUAAAUGAUGUAUUUUGUUGUGGUUUUGAAGGCAUGAUAAGUCAUGCUGGAUCUGGCUUGGGGCUUCUAUUCUCGUUGUUUUAGAUUGAGUGGUGAACCA